AUGACCGCAGGGGGGCCCCCCGUGGCCACUGUGGGGCCCCAAGAGGGCCACUACGGCUCUGCUGCUUACCCCCCUUCUCCAGUGUACCCCAGAGACACUUCAGCUCUGUACCCUCCCCCCAUUUCGGGGCCCCCGGGGGCCCCCGGGGCCCCCGGGGCCCCCGGGGGCCCCGGGGGCCCCUACUUGGGGCCUGCGGGGGCCCCCGGGGGGCCCCUGGGGGGCUACGGGGGCCCCCCGGGUGCCCUGGGGGGCUACGGGGCCCCCCAGGGGCCCCCUGGGGGCCCCUACUGGGCCCCCCAGGGGUUCGCUGACCCGUACGGGGGCCCCGGGGGGCCCCCCGGGCCGGCGGAGGCGUACGGGGCCCCCCGAGGGUACCCCGGGGAGGCCCGGGGGGCCCCCCAGGGGCCCCUGGGGGCCCCCGCUGCUGCAGCAGCAGCGCAGCACGGGGAAGAGGCCCCCGAGGCGGAGCUGAGCAGCAGCAGCAGCAGGCGAGAGACUGCGCGCAGCAGAGAGCGAGCUGCGCGGCGUGCUGCUGCUGCUGCGCUGCUGCUGUACUUGCUGCUGAACCUCGUGGUGGAGCUGCUGCAGCUGCUGGAGGGGCCCCGGGGGGGCCCCCCCCGCUUCAAAGACAAGCCGCUGCUGCUGCUGCUUGCUGCUGCUCCUCGGAUUAUUUUUGCUGCUUCUGCUGUUAACUUUUUCAUAAAGUGGGUUCGCUGGCUGCACCGGCUGUUCGUGCGGCUGUUCACCCCUGGCGACAGCAGCAGCAGCAGCAGCAGCAGCAGCAGCAGCAGCAGCAGCAGCAGGCGCCGGCGGCAGCAGCGAGCAGCAGCAGCAGCGGGCGGCAGCUAG